AUGUUCAAGCGUGGGAGCGAAGAUGAAGAAGCACCGUCUAGUGCUGUGCGCGUCCAGCGGCGCUCCCACCGCGAGCGCGCGCAGCCAGUCGAGCGGCAGCGGCUGGGCCUUCUAGAAAAGAAGAAGGACUACCAGAAACGGGCCAAGGACUUCCACAAGAAGCAGGAGGUGCUCAAGUCGCUGCGGGCCAAGGCGGCGGACCGCAACGAGGAUGAGUUCUACUUUGGCAUGAUGUCGCGGACGGGGCCCGGGUCGCGGCUGUCGCGCGGCAAGGCCUUCACGGGCGCCGUCGAUGGCGACCGCGGCAACCGCGCCAUGGACCAGGACCUAGUGCGCCUGCUCAAGACCCAGGACCUAGGCUACCUGCGCACCGCCCGCAAUGUCGCCGCCAAGGACGUGCGCGCCCUCGAGGAGCGCUUCGUACUGGCCGGCGGGGCCGAGGAGGAUAUGGCCGACGAUGACGACGAGGACGAUGACGAGAAUGAUGACGACGACGAAAUGGCCGGUAGCAAAAGACGGAAGAGCAGCAGCAGUAGGCAACCGCCGAAAAAGAUAGUCUUUUGCGACGGGGUCGAGGAGCGAGACGAGGCGGCAGCGCAAGCAGAAAGCGACGACGAGCGAGACCAAGACCAAGACAUGGGGGACAACGACGGCGACAAAAAGACCCACGAAGCCGAGCGCAAGGCGCGCAACCUGGAAAAGGUGCGGCAGAGCCUCCAGAACGCGCGGAGGAAGCUGCGGACGCUAGCGGCGGCCGAGUUCGAGCUCGAGGUGCAGCAGGCCAAGAUGGCCAAGACGGCGACGUCGGGCGGCGUCACCAAGAUGGGCAAAAGGAUUACAGUCCGCGAGAGGAAGAGGUAG